GCACAGAGCGGCUCCUAAAGCACAGACAGACAGCGGGACCCGGAGAAGCACGGGCAGAGCCGGUCCCCCCGGAGGCAGACGGGGGGCGCAGCCCGGCGGGGUCCGGUCCCGGCCGCGCUCGCACGGCCGCCAGCCCCCGCAGCUGCACGGGGCUCCCGCCGGCAGCCGGGUCACGUGUGCGGGCCGUAAUCCCGGCGAGGGGGUGUCGUUACCGGGGAAGGGGGCGGCGGGAGGAGGGGCUGCCGCCGAUGAGGGCUGAAGCCGGGAGCGCGGCCGGCUGCGGGCGCCGGAGCCGCGGGUGCCGCUGCGGGCGAGGUGGGGGCCGCGGCCAUGGCCUGGCCCUGCAUCAGCCGGGUGUGCUGCUUGGCCCGCUUCUGGAGCCAGCUGGACAAGUCCGACCUCUCCGUGCCGCUCACCAUCCACAACUACUCGGACAUCGAGGAGCAGGAGGACGGGCCGGCCCAGCGCGGCGGGCCCCCUCCGCGGGGCAGCGCUCGCCCCGGCGGCGGCGGCGGCGGCGGGAGGGACGGGGCCGCCCCCCAGCCCGCCCCGGGACGCGCCGCCUGCGCCCUGCCCGGCGGCGGCGGGAGACCGGCGGUCGACGGCCUCGAGCAGCUCCGGCCGCGCUCGCAGGCGGACGGCGGCCACACCACCUCCUACAGACAAGAGUAUCGCCCAUGGACUGGAGCAAAACCAUCCAAGCCUAUAAAGUCAAAACAAGGUUUCAUUAUCCCAGAAGACCAUUUUGUUCAAGAGACAAGCUACAAGGCAGACUUUAAGAUCCCAGAGGUGAAGACCAGGUUCUCCCCCAACCCUUCUGCUGUUUUCCAGGCGCCAUCACGGAUCCUCAACGUGUGAACCUGGACCCUCCUCACACCCAGGCAGCUUAAACGUGGAGUUUCUGUUAAGAUGUAUCACUAUGCAAUUUUCAUGAGGAGUGUUAAGAUCAAAGACCCGGUGUUAUCAAAAGCAGCUCCAGUGAUUAAUGAUAUGCACACACACUUUCUGUUAACACGACAAACCGCAAAGCGCUUGGUUCAGAACUGGCAGAGCACGCUGCAAGGAGUGACCCAGUUUUUCACAGGAGCAGGUUCAUUACUAUGCCAGCUGACGUCACAUUAGGAGAUUGACUUUGGGCAGCAAAGGCAGGAUUGCAGGCAACAUCCCUCCUCAGAAAUACACAGGGUAGGAGGGAAAACACUCGCAAGCAGGAUGGAUAAUUAAAACCCAAACCAGUUUUAUUUAGCAACACCCUCUAAGUAGGCCACCGAAAGACAGGGAGUAGUCUGGCUGAAUGCUGAGCUUUUUGGGGGGGUUUUGGGAGUAGGACCUCAGAUGGCAUUGCCAGAAAGCACAGCAUCAAAGGGGCUGGUCUGAACUUCCAAAGUUGUUUUAGAAGCUGGAGGAAGCCAGUGUCACUGAACUCUAAAAUAAAUCUGGCACAUGCAGUGUCUUGGGCCUUUAAGGCUGGCAAGCUGGGUAUUUCCAAAAUUGGAGAGCUGAUGCAGGAGCAAGGGAGGACUGAACCCCAGGAGAUAGCCCUGACAGCAGUGCACCAGACUGGUGGGGAGAGGAGUGCAUGGAUACAUCCAGGCACCCACCAGACUCCUCCAGAGGAUCUAAGAAACUUAUGUAACUUGUAUAGCUGUUAGGGUGACUGUAAAUAUUGUACAUGGAUUUUACCUAAAGCAAUUUGUGAUCCUUUAAUCAAAAGGAUAUGCUUAUACUUUUAAUAAAUGUUAACUCUUUGCAUAUGCAAGGUGGAAAAUAUUGCCUUGAAAUUCCUAAAUUAUCGCCUGUACAUUGGUAAUGCUAAUGCUAGGAACAACCACAAGCGAAUGUUACUUAGAUAUUCUUCUUAAAGAGAAAUGUAAUGUAGAAUGUAAGCCAUCUGUCAUUUUUAAGAUAGGCUGUUUCAAGUGUCAUUGUUCUGAAGCUGAUUUUUUUAGACUGCUGUGCAUUUAACUUUUGCUGAGGUACAUGUGUUUCAAGAAACCAUUUUUUUAGCCUUUGUUCAUAGAGACUUUACAAUUUCUAUUUCGAUAACAUGCAAUGAUUAGUCUACUGCUUAUUUAAUGGAUUUACUAAUUAUUUUGGAAAAAUAAAUUGGAAAACUUUUAAUUUGCGUUUGCAACACAUGUGUUGUCCAGAACAAGGGAAACUAUCCUCAGACUUGAACAGUGAUCAGAUAUUCAUUAAUCUGUAAUAAAACAGACUUUUACACAGAAGGAUUUUUUCUUAACCUUCUUACUAGCUGAAGUCUAAGACAAAUUCAAUGAACUUUGGGGAUUCUGCUAAAACGUAUGCAUUGCUGAUAAUUCCCAUAAGAACAAUUUUUGAGCUGUUGGCAUGUGAAUUGUACUUGCAGUACAUGCAGACAGCAUCUUCUCACAGUAUUAUGUGAGAAUUUAAUGGUGCCAUCCCUGUUCUCUAUAGGGGGACCGAAUACAAAGCACCUGCAGGAAGCUGCAUGUGGCUGGGACAAGGGAUGGCUCUUCCCACACUCAUCCUUGGAGAAACCUGCAGAAAUCCCAGUGCUUGCCAAAAUAAUUUUUCAGGAAAUUCAUUUGAAGCAUUCAAACUGUGCUAAAAGAAGUUUUGCAUGUUAGAUGUUUCCAAGAAUUCAAUCUGCUUGUUUAAUCUCUUUAUAAUGUUUUUAAUAGUUUUGUUCAAACAAUUUAAGUUCAUUUCAAUCCUGGACUUUAUUAACAGCAAGGGAAAAAAAAGUAAAAAAGGAAAUUGUCUAUUAUCUCUUCUUAUUUGACUGUAUUUCUUAAAAAAAUGACCCAGGUUUAAACAAAUUGGUAAUAUAAUAAGCUUGUAUUUUAUCAAAUGGACUGGAUUUAAUUUAAUAAAUUAAAAUGUAUUUUGGCUAUUGGU